GUCUCAUGGACUUUCUUGCCAGGGCUGGCUUCAAAUCGCAGUCCUCAGAUCUCAGCCUUCUGAGUAGCUAGGAUUACAGGUGUGAGCCCCCGGUGCCCGGUUUGAGAUUGGUACUUCUAAGAAAUCUUCUUGUGGUUUAUGGGUUCUGGAGAAACCAAUCUGGAGACAAAAUAUUCUGUCCUCUUAGAAUCAGAAGAUCCAGGGUUUUAUUUUCAUUCUGGUGCUUUGCAGCUCUGUGACCUGGAGGAAGUAAAUUUGCCUCUCUCAUCCUCAGUCUUCUUCUUCAGGUGAGGAGAGUAGCUCCUGUUCCACUGCCCUGUAGGGAAGGGUGAAUAAGACAGUGGCUCCCAUGUGCUCCUGUGACAAGAAGUAGUUUGCAGUACGUAUCACACUGUGAGACCUUUGCUGGGUUACACCAACAAUAGAAGCAACCUCUACUCCGCUCCCAGGGCUCGCUUCACCAUUUGGCCAAGUUCUACUGUCUUGCAAGAGUCCUCAAGCAUAAGGAAGCCUUUGGUUCCUGACAUUUCAUCCAGCCGGUUCUACCCACCUGUACGUGCCAAGGCCCCGUGCGGGGGAGGAGGUGGACAUGGAUUUGUAGAUAGCCGCAGACCAUGGGCAGCCCAGGGGGCCCUUCGGUGGACGAAGGGCCAGGUAAAUGGGGAAGGCCUCACAGAAGGGACUGAUUGCUUGAGUCAAACAAGGGGGAGUUUGUGGUGGACAGAAGAAGAGUUCCCUGGUCAUCUUAAUUAGAAGAAACAGCCUGUGCGGAGGCAGCCCUCCAGCCUGAGAAGCUGCCUUUGUGGAAUGGGUUUGACACGGGGCACAGUGCUGAGGCCGUGGGUCUUCCAUUGAGAGGUACGCUCUGGCACUCAGUGGUUGGAGUCCAGGCCCGUGGAAGGCUGAUUCAAAACUUCUCGGGCCUCACCUGGACUUGGGGAUGAGGGAGAGGAAAACAGACCCACCUGUGCAAGAGUGCUGCUGGUUGACGUCAAGUCCUCAUUCUGUCUUAGGUAGCAAAACUGCUUCAGCCUGCUCUGGACCCUGCCACCUUCCCAGCUUCCCCUUCCUCGUGUCCUUGGAAGGGCUUGAUCAGUGCCCUGGAGCCCCCACCAUGCCGUGGCCCCUGCUGCUGCCCCUGCUGCUGCUCCCGGCGGCGAGCGGAGCCCAGGCGGCCCGGCCGUGCUUCCCGGGGUGCCGGUGCGAGGUGGAGACCUUCGGCCUGUUCGACAGCUUCAGCCUGACGCGCGUGGACUGCAGCGGCCUGGGCCCCCACAUCGUGCCCGUGCCCCUCCCCCUGGACACGGCCCACCUGGACCUGAGCUCCAACAGGCUGCGGGCGGUGAACGCGUCGGUGCUGGCGGGGCCGGGCUACACCACGCUGGCCGGGCUGGACCUCAGCCGCAACCUGCUGGCCAGCCUCGCGCCCACCGCCUUCUCGCGCCUGCGCUACCUGGAGGCCCUCGACCUCAGCCACAACGGCCUGGCGGCCCUGCCCGCGGGCGCGCUCGCCGGCUGCCCCCUCAGCGAGGUGGACCUCAGCCACAACCGGCUCCGCGAGGUGGCGGUGUCCGCCCUCGCCGCCCACGGCCACGGCCGGGCGCUGCGCGUGGACCUCUCCCACAACCUCCUCCAGCGCCUGCUCCCGCCCCCCGCGCGGGCCGGCCCGCCCGCGCCCGCCAUCCAGAGCCUGAACCUCGCCUGGAACCGGCUCCGCGCCGUGCCCCCGCUCCGGGCCCUGCCCCUGCGCCACCUGAGCCUGGAGGGGAACCCGCUGGGCGCCGUGGGCCCCGGCGCCUUCGCGGGGCUCGAGGGCCUCACGCACCUGUCGCUGGCCAACCUGCGGGCCCUCCCCGCGCUGGCCCCGCGUGCCUUCCGCGGGCUGCGGGGCCUGCAGGUCCUGGACCUGUCGGGCAACCCCGGGCUCACGUGGGCGGGGGCCGAGGUCUUCGCGGGCCUGGACUCGCUGCAGGAGCUGGACUUGGCGGGCACGGGGCUGGCGGCCCUGCCCGAGAAGCUGCUCCUCCACCUCCCGGGCCUGCAGAGCGUCCGCCUGGGCCGGGACCGGCGCUGCCGCCGCCUGGUGCGCGAGGGCGCCUACCCCCGGCGGCCCGGCGCCGGCCCCGAGGCGGCCCUGCGCUGCGGGGACCCCCGGGAGCCGCCCGCCGGGGGCCCGGGGGCCUUGUGACCGAGGACAGAGUCUGCCCCUUUCCCUGCGGCCAGUCCCUGAACGAUGCCAAGCAACGCCCUGUCCCCUCCCCAGCCCCCCCCCCCCCCGUAAGUGCCUUUGCGCCCGUCUGGGCUGACCUGACCCCCGAAGGGAGGCGUGCGGGUCUCCUGGGGGGCGUCGCCUCGCUCAGGGCCAGGAGCUUCUUGUCCGGGGUACCCCUUCUUUGCUGGGGACCCUGAGGCCCACGUCAUCCUUUCCCUGUCGAAUCCUGGAUAGAGCCCGGGUUAGAGGCGGGGCUGGGAGGGUCCUGCCCGGCCCUUCUCGUGAGCAGAGGACGGGUCUGCCGGAGCACACCUGCCAACAGCAGUCCUGCAGGGCUGGGGCGUGACCGGAACCCGCCUCCCGCCUGGGAGAGGGGGUACUCGGCACCCUCCUGCCUUCUUCCCCUGCCCCCCCUCCCGCUCUCCUUCCUGGGCUGCUCCUCGCUGCCACCCGCGCCCUUUCCUGACAAGGCCUCGGUGGCCCAGCGCGUGCGAGAGCCGCCGGAGCUCAGGACACCGGCCUGAGAUCUGCCCGUCUCUGGGCUGGAGCACCCCAGAAUCCACCGGGAAUGUGCUCCCUCCCCCCCCCCCCCAGGCCCUGCCUGCGGAUGCUCUUGCGAGGAGACGGCGCCCCCCUGGCCGGGAGCUCCCCGGAGGGGUCCCCCCGUCCGCUCCCCGGUGCCUCAGCCUCCCGGGCGGGGCCCCCUCUGUCUUCAUUUGAUAAAGAGUUGUGGUCUUUAAUGGACUGUCACGCUCAAGCCCUCCCCGCACCCGCCCCUGCCGGCAGGGGGGGAAAGGUGGCGUCAGGAGUUGCGUCCGCUCACUUGGACCAUCCUGUGUCCCAGGCACCGGCUGAGGGGAGCCCGCCAGCCCCGGGCAGGAGGGCGUCGGGGCCGGUCCCAGAGAUGCCCCCGCUGAGGGGAGCCCGCCAGCCCUGGGCAGGAGGGCGUCGGGGCCAGUCCCAGAGAUGCCCCCGCUGAGGGGAGCCCGCCAGCCCCAGGCAGGAGGGCGUCGGGGCCGGUCCCAGAGAUGCCCCGAGGCCGCGAGACCGUGACUUCCCUCACCCGCUGCCC